AUGACUCCAAAACAACAUCAACAUUUGUUCAUCCUUCUCCUCCUCACCAUCAACAUCCUAAUAAUCACCACCACGUCACAAGCCCGCCGCGGUUAUCGUCCAAACCUACAACUAAACGACAUAACAGUAAUAGUUCGAAACGACAUUAAUGAAGGUGAUAGCAGCAUCUCCAUACACUGCUACUCCUCGGAAGACAAUAUCGGGACCCACAACCUCUCAUAUGGCUCGGCCAUCCGUUGGAAAUUCAAAGUGAACUUGUGGGGGACCACGAAGUUUUGGUGCGACUUCAACACGAAGCAUGGCUCGGGAAAUUAUGGUGUGUACACGAGAAAGGUGCACGGUCGGUGUGGAGACGUGUGCGUGUGGAUGAUACGAGCAGAAGGGCCGUGUCUACUUCAAACCAACGAUAAUAACCAGCUUUGGUGCCAGCCAUGGAAGUCCCAUCCAUGA